AUGCCUCAACCACACGGAAACCACCAAACCGGUUAUGGCAGCAUACCUCUUUACUUGGCCCAACACCACCAUGCACCUCCCAGUGUCAACAAAUCUGGAUCCGAGAUUUACCCCCUUGGAAGUUUCUCUCCGGGCAUAGGGCACCCCAACUCUUACGUCGGACCAAACCUCUUCGGAAAUUCUGCUCAAGCCCCUACUUGCUCGCGCGGUAUCGGCGCCUCCCCUCAUGAUUACCAAUCCUUGCAGAAUUCAUCUGGCUUCCCAGUCGCAGCGCAUGGUACUCCGGUCCAGCUUUCACACUCUCCUGCCUCUCAAUCAAACUACUCCGGCCACAUUGGCCCGCAGGGGCACCAUUCCCAAGUUCUGUUCCUGCAAUCUCCUCUCGAGCGCGCUGCACCCCCUACUCAAUUGUUGCAGUCCACACCGCAAGGUUCUCCUUUCGAAUACACUUUUUCCUCUCCACUUCCUGGAAGGAAUCCAUCAUUCCAGUUCUCCGCCCCUCCUGUCUCAAAACCGCCUCCGAAAAAGCGUGCGCCACGUCGCAAAGCGCCUUCUCGCUCUUUCGCCAAGGAUGCGGUCCCACUUGCGCCAACCCCAGCAGCUCCUGCCGAAGCUAGUUCAGCAGAAACCCAGACGCGCAUUCCGUUGUCCGAUGCUCCUCAAUCCCAGGAAGCCAGCUCUGCGAAUGGCCCCAAUGUGGAAGACUCAUUUGACGACUCUCCACCAUCCAAAAGGCAACGUGCCCCCCCCCCCCCGAAGUUAUGGAGAAGAUUCAAACCGAACCCCUUGACCAACUCCGAGACCGCGCAACCAGAUACGCUAUGUAUGUCCGCCUGA